AUGGCUUCAAGAUUCAAGUAUUCUUUUAUUUGGCCUAAAUUAUUAAUGAUUAAUUCUGGCUCAAAAUUUAAAUCUGAUUAUAAAGAAUUAAUAAAAAAAUAUAAUGUUAAAAUUAAGGAUGCUUCUGAUUUAUUAUUAUCUAUACCUAAAAGAUUAAGAGCUUGGGUUAAAAACCUUUAUAUAAUUAUUGAUAACCUUAAUAAUUCAUCUAAAUUAGAUUAUAAUACUUUGUUUAGAUAUUUACUUGAACUUGAUAAAUUAGAAACAGACUCUAAAAGAGCAACUGACUAUAAUUGGUCUCCUCAGAUUUAUUUUAUCUGUAAAGCUUUGGUACAAAAAAAUCAGCCAAUCUUGUAUUGGCUAGAAGAUGAUAAUAGUAAUGGACCAAA